AUGUUCGCUCUCACUACUUUCUGCAUUGGAGCUGUACUCGCUGCACAGGCCUUCGCUGGUAAUGGUACUGGUGCUCCCAAUUGCCCAGCUUUCACCCCAACCGACCUGAGCAGCGUCAAGGCUCCGGCCGUCAACGGUGUGUGCAGCGACCCGACCCUUGUCUGCCGCUACAUCACUACCUAUCUGGGCAGCAGCAAUGCCUGCGUUACGGCCGCCAGCCUCUGCCAAAAGUCGAGCUACAUCGACCCGAACUCCGUAGCUGGACCCGCCGACGCGAACCUGAACUGCCCGAAAACCACUCACUGCGUCUCCGGCUCGACCACCAAUGGCUACACGGGCAGCUUCUGCGUCUUUGACACCUACGGACGCACCACCUACGCGCCGUAUUACCGUGGA